AUUUUCUAUUUCAACCCUUUUCCACGGGAUUUUGGAGGAGGUUGGGAAACGCUGCCCUCCUCGUGAUUCGUGAUGGACCUCCGAUUCUUUGGGUGAGCUAGCCCCGCAAACCAGGUCGCAAGUCCCCCCCAAAUAUUUCUGGUGCCGAACCGGAAAAGUCGUCAGACAGGACUCCCAUCUCAAGACUCUGCCCUUCACCAAAAGGGGAAAAUUGAAGAGGAGAUGACUCCUAGAUUUCAGAAAUUACUGACAUUCCAAGAUGUUACUGUGGAAUUCACGCAGGAGGAAUGGGACUAUUUGGAUCCUGGCCAGAAGGACAUGUACAGGGGCGUGAUGCUGGAGAACUAUGAGAAUUUUGUCUCUCUUGGACUUCCAGUUUCCAAACCAAAUGUGAUCUCUCAGCUGGAAAGACAUGAAGCCCCCUGGAUAACAAGAGAAGAAGACUCAAGAUGCAUUUCUGUGGAUUCCCCUGUUCAGAAAAUAGAAUGGGAAACUGAGGAGUCAACUACAAAGCAUUGUAUUUCUAUAAGAGAGCCAUCCACCAAGAGACUCGAAAAGGAUGGUUUCUGGGAUUCUAAAUUGGGUAAAGCUUGGAACUGUGAGAUUGGACUAGAAAGGCAGAUAAACAGCCCAAAGAGACAAUCCAAGAAAGUAAGAGUCAAUCAUAGAAAAACAUCUCACAAGUUCAGUAUUCCAGAAUUUAUUACAUUUGGGAGAAAAUUAAGUUUCAGUUCAGUCCUCAUUCCACAACAAAAUAUUUCUAUAGAAAAAUAUUUUCAUAAGCAUGAUAAAGUUGGAAAGCUCUUCAAAUGGUUUUCAGACCCAAUUAAACAUAACAGAAUUUCCAUGGUGAAUAAAAUUUAUAAGUUUAAUAAAUACAAGAAGUCUUUAAGCUACAACUCAAAACUUAGAAGUAAUGAAUGUGGCAAAACCUUUAGCAUCAAUUCAUGCCUUACUGUAUAUGGAAGAGUUCAUGCUGGAGAAAAAUCUCAUAAAUUUAAGGAAUGUGGGAAAACUUUGAGCUACAAUUCAAACCGUACUUUACGUCAGAAAACUGAUAAUGAAGAAAAGCCUUUGGAAUAUAAUAAAUGUAACAAAACUUUUAGCCAGAGGAAUUAUCUUAGUCAACAUAAGAGAAUUCAUACUGGAGAGAAUUCCUAUAAAUGUCAGGAUUGUGGAAAGUAUUUCAAAAGAAAGGUAACCCUUAAUAUGCAUAAGAGAAUUCAUACUGGAGAGAAUUCCUAUAAAUGUCAGGAUUGUGGAAAGUAUUUCAAAAGAAAGGUAACUCUUAAUAUGCAUAAGAGAAUUCAUACUGGAGAGAAUUCCCAUAACUGUCAUGGAAAGUAUUUCAAAAGAAAGGUAACCCUUAAUAUGCAUAAGGGAAUUCAUACUGGAGAGAAUUCCUAUAAAUGUCAGGAUUGUGGAAAGUAUUUCAAAAGAAAGAUAACUCUUAAUAUGCAUAAGAAAAUUCAUACUGGAGAGAAACUUUUUCAGUGUAAUGAAUGUAAGAGAACCUUUCUCUACAAGGGAAGUCUUAAUAGACAUAAGAAAAGACAUACUGGAGAAAAACCUUUUCACUGUAAUGAAUGUGGGAAAGCCUUUCUCUACAAGGGAAAUCUUACUACACAUAAGAAAAUUCAUACUGGAGAGAAACCUUUUCAAUGUAAUGAAUGUGGGAAAACCUUUUUCCAAAAGGGAAAUCUUCUUGCACAUAAGAGAAUUCAUACUGGAGAGAAACCUUUUCAAUGUAAUAAAUGUGGAAAAACUUUUAAAUGGCAUUUAAGCUUUACAAAGCAUAAAUAUAUACAUGCUAGAGAGAAAUCCUUUGAAUGUAAGGAAUGUGGGAAAACCUUCAACCAGAAGAAAGACCUUAAUACACAUAAGAGAAUUCUUACUGGAGAGAAACCUUUUCAAUGUAAUGAAUGUGGGAAAACCUUUUUCCGAAAGGGAAAUCUUCUUGCACAUAAGAGAAUUCAUACUGGAGAGAACCCUUUUCAAUGUAAUGAAUGUGGAAAAACUUUUAGAUGGCAUUUAAGCUUUACAAAGCAUAAAUAUAUACAUGCUGGAGAGAAAUCCUUUGAAUGUAAGGAAUGUGGGAAAACCUUCAACCAGAAGAAAGACCUUAAUACACAUAAGAAAAUUCAUACUGGAGAGAAACCUUUUCAAUGUAAUGAAUGUGGGAAAGCUUUUAGAUGGUAUGGAAACUUUAAAAAACAUGAACAUUCAUGGUAGAGAGAAAGCCUUCAAAUGUACUGAUACUGGAACAGCCAAUAGUGGGAGUCCAAACUUCACAUUAAAAAAAAGAGAGAGAGACAGAAACCCUUUGAAUGUAAUGAAUGUGAGAAAACCUUACACAGUUCAAAGCUUAAGAAACAUCAGAUAAUUCAUACUGGAAAGAAGUCAUCUAAAUGUAAAGAAUAUGAGAAAGCUUUCAACCAGCAGGAACACCUUAAUCUAAGAGAACUCGUACUGGAGAUGAACCUUUUUUUUCUUAUUUAGAAUUUUAUUUUUUUCCAAAUUACAUGUAAAAAAAAAUUUUGACAUUAUUUUUUUUUAACUUUGUAUUCCAACUUCUCUUUCUCCCUCCCCACCCCACCCCUGAAGAACUCAAGCAAUUCAAUAUAAAUUAUACAUGAGUGGUCAUGCAAAACAUCUCUACAUUAGCCAGGUUUGAACCUUUUCAAUGUAAUGGAUAUGGGAAAGUUUUCUGGUAGAUUGAAAAUCUUAAAGCACAUGACAUUUCAUACUAAAGAGAACCCCUCUGACUGUAAAGGAUGUUGAAAAGCUUUCAGGAAGAAGCAACAUUUUAUUGCACAUCAGAGCUUUUAUUCUGAAAUGUAUUUCACAUAAUGAAUGUAGGAAAGCUUUUAGACCUUAAGGACUAUAAGAGAAUUCAUACUGGAAAGAAACCCUUUGAAAGUAAUGAAAGUGGGAAUAUCUUAAGACUAAGGCACAGCUUUGUUGCACAUAAGCAAAUUCAUACUUUUUUUUCCAUAUAAAUAUUUUAUUAUUUUCCAGUUACAUUUAGAGAUAGUUUUCAACAUUUGUUUUUAUAAGAUUUCUAGUUUCAAAUUUUUCUCCCUCCCCCCUC